AUGGCUGAAGACUGCAAGUUUAUGAGUAUGGAUGCAGAGGAGAAAGAAACAGUCAAGCAAAAACAAAAGGAUGAGAUAGUGCAUCGUCGGGUGCCCGCCAAGCCCCAGUGGCAAGGUUCCGAUGAACAUCGACCUUCCCCCGCUGAUGCCAUCAAAACCCUCGCGAAACCCGCCGUAGCCUGUGAUCUUGAGCUUGCACCUUGUGUUGUUGAAAAUUACCUAGUAGGCUAUGGGGUUCACGAACUCGCUGCUCCUGAUGGAUCACUAGAGGUGUCGCUUGCUUUCGUGAAUCACAUCCUCGAGGUUGGAGAUGGAUUUCGAGCUGCCGUGUCACCGAUCGACUUCGAUCAACUUAACCUGAUAUUCGUACCACUCUAG